AUGUACCAUACACAACUUCGCAUCUCAACCUUUACAGCGGCUCUGUAUGAUUAUGGCGAAGCUCUCCACAAAUCGAUCUUGUUUUAUGAAGUACAACGGUCAGGGUAUCUCGAGAAGAACCGCAUACCAUAUCGGUCCCAUUCAGCAAUGGACGACAUGGGUCGAGCAGGUGAAGAUUUAACUGGUGGAUGGUAUGAUGCCGGUGAUCAUAUGAAAUUUGGGUUACCGAUGGCAGCAUCGACAACUAACAUAGCGUGGGGUAUGCUGAUGUACAGACAAGCGUAUGAACAUCUUCACAUAUGGAAUGAAUCACUGGCUCAGUUGAAAUGGCCUUUAGACUACUUUAUUAAAUGUCAUGUGGCACCCGAAGAAUUUUAUUAUCAGGUUGGCGAUGGUGGUCUGGAUCACCAAUAUUGGGGGCGUCCCGAAGAAAUGGACAUGGAAAGGCCAUCGUAUAAAUUAGACAAAGAUACACCGGGUUCUGACAUUACAGGCGAGACUGCAGCCGCAAUGGCUGCUGGGUCUGUGAUAUUCCAAGAAUCUGAUCUAGAGUACGCUUAUACACUGUUAGAACAUGCUAAAGAGCUGUUUAAUUUUGCAAUGAACUACAGAGGAUUGUAUCCCAGUUUGGGGUAUUAUGAGUCGUCUAGGUAUGGAGAUGAGCUUGCGCUAGCAGCGUGUUGGCUUUACAUUGCCACCAAUAAUUCAGCUUAUUUAACUGAAGCUGAACAUUUGUACAAGGAAUACAAUCUCCACGAAAGUGCCUGGUCAUAUGCGUGGAAUGACAAGAAACCUGCUGUUCAGUUAUUAUUAGCAGAACUGACAGGAAAUUCGGGGUAUGACUAUGAGACUGACUUCAAGUCAUUCUUGAAUGAAUGGUUGCCAGGUGGUAGUAUUCCAUAUACACCUCUGGGGUUGGUUUAUCGCAGUGAAUGGGGACCUCUAAGAUAUGCAGCUAAUGUGGCAAUGCUUGGUCUGAUAGCGGCAGAUUUUGGAAUACGUCAAUCAGCCUACCGUGACUUCGCGUACAGUCAAAUUGAUUACAUACUUGGGGACACUGGAAGAAGCUACGUCGUCGGGUUCGGAAACUCCCCUCCAGAAAGACCUCACCACAGGUCCAGCUCCUGUCCUGAUUAUCCUGAAAAAUGCGGAUGGCAGGAACACUCCAGUCCUGAUCCCAAUCCCCAAAUAGCCUAUGGUGCGUUGAUUGGAGGCCCUGACGAAAAUGAUAAUUUCGUGGACGAUAGAACAGACUAUCGAUCGAAUGAAGUGGCGUGUGACUACAACGCGGGAUUCCAAUCAGCACUUGCUGGUACGGUGUAUUAUUUACUCCGAUGA